AUGCCAAAGUCAACACAAGCUAGACUCCAAUACCAUGAUUUCCAUUGUGGACACCGAGGAGGACUUGCUCCUUCUCCCUCCACUCUUCAAAGCAUGCGAAGCACCACAAAUUUUGCCACAUCCAUGUCGGCACCUCCUCGAAUGGUUUCCUUUGAAGAUGGGCAUUCUGAUGCUUGUAGCUCCUCUUCUUCGGACUUGGAACAUGUGUUAAUGCCCUUGCAUCAAUCAGCAGAACAACAUUCUAACUCAGAACAAACACGCGGAGAGGGUACCAAAGAAGUACGACUCUGCCGAUCCACCUCUUCUCACAAACCACGACUCCUUGCACGACACAUGCCCAGUCUAUCUCUUGUGGACUUGGCCAAUACACUUGGAAUGGAUGAUGCCAACCGAGAAUCUGGUCUUCUGUCCCCCAGGCGCCCUCAUUCGGCACCAGUUUCACCUGUUUCGGGUGUGGCCUUGGAUCCUCAGCGAUGCCUAGUCUCAACCCCCACAUCGAGUCUACUCCCACCAGCCAUGGAAUCUUCAGCUGAACCAUGGGGACACUUUGUAGACAUGGCCUUGCCUGAUAAGCAACUACGAAGAGUACUACCCAAUAAGACUGUUCCUCUCAGUGCCCGGGCUUCUGGCAAGUCCAACAAUCGAAAGAGACAUGAACGAAGGGCAAAUCCAUAUGGCGACUAUUACAAGACCAAGCACCCGCUAUGCUUUCAGCCCAACAAGAGUAGACCUGGAUUGGAUUUCGUAGUUCCAUUUUCUGAAUCACUCUUUCAGCUACAGCCACGGAGCUACAAAGAACCAGCAGAGCAGAUUGUUGGAGACUUCGAACGUCUUCAUUUUCGCUGA